CUUUCAAGGCAGGCCAUACGACUGUACGACUUGUCGUGCCAUACUCUCGUUUCAACGUUGUCGCAAUAAAGAACUGCGUGAAGAUGAGGGAAGCGACAGUUCUGGCUGUAGCCGCCUAUUUGGUUACGUCUUGUGCUGCAACGCUCUACGGGGCCGAAACUGCCUGUGAUUUCUCGGACCUAAAUCUGGACAACGAAGUAGCCCGGGUACUCGCCAGACUACCUGAAAUUCAGGUGUCCGGUCCACAGCAGCUGCAACCGUACUUUCCUGGACUUGAAGUCGCUGCAUUCACCAUGAAGGGCCUCAACAAACUCCGUCUGUAUGGGCGCCUGUUUCCGUACUGCGUCAAAGGAAGCCGCAUGGUACAAGCAGACUUCGUCAAUGAUGGCGACAUCGUUUUGUCGUUGCCAUGGAAGGCUUGCUCAGGGCACGAAGGACGCUUCAGCGUUCGCGCCAAGUUCUCCCGGUUCACCGCGCAGUUCCGGAUCCUCAAGCCCUCUGAGGAAGGCGUCAAGCUGGAACUGAUGGGUCGCAUUGUUCCUGUCACAACUGUAGGCCUCCGCGCGAUGGUCGAAGGCGCCGGUACCAAGGUGCGCGCCGCGUCUGAAAUCCUGAGUGCUGUCUUCCCUAGCGUAGUCAAUGAAUUGUGGUACUGGGAGUUUUCUCUUGAAUUUGAUAGGGCCAUGCGUAGAGCUCUCGAGCGAGUGAUUUUCUAGACUAAAAUUAAAUGUCGCUGUACAAGAACACCGCGUGGUACACUUGCUGAAGCUGGCCCCCUAAGUGUAUGAUCGUGCACUCUCCCGUAUUGUACUACAAUAAAGAUAACGAAAUGUACAUGGA